UGUUGACAUGGCUUGAGUUCUUUAAAAUAAUAAAAUAGGAUUUGGUUUCCACAUAAGCAUGUUGCUCUUGUUACAGCAGUCCUAAUUUGCCUGCUGGUCAGUCAGAACUACCUGACUGUUGAGGUUCUGGGGUUCUGUUGUUGCUUUCCCAUCUGAUCAUCUGUAAAACUGGCAGGCUGGAUUGUUAUGCCGUGCCUUCCUAAUGUACGUCACAGGGCUCGGGUUUUUUGCUCAGGGAUUAGUCAGGCUGCUUUUGGAAACGCCCUCAGCUGUACCUUGUGCUGCUAUAUUAGUGUUUAGUUAGCUGGAAGAAUUUUCUUUUGGCUGCUGCAGCUGCCUCAGCAAGCUCCACCGCCUGUAUGCAAGCCCUGCAUCUCUGGAGUCUGCUUGUCAUCUGUGCUGUUGCAGUAGGAAAGCAUCAAGAACAGAAGAAGCAAGAGUGCCAUAAACUCAGCACACAGAUGCCAGAAUUUCAGAAGAAAACGGUCCAUAUCAGGGACCCAGAAAGGGUGGAAGAAAUUAUCUGUGGUCUCAUCAAAGGAGGAGCUGCGAAACUUCAGAUAAUUACAGACUUUGAUAUGACCCUGAGUAGAUUUUCCCACAAUGGCAAAAGAUGUCCGACAUGUCAUAACAUCAUUGACAACUGCAAACUUAUAACAGAUGAAUGUCGCAAAAAGUUAUACCAGUUGAAAGAAAUGUAUUAUGCUAUUGAAAUUGAUCCAAGUCUUACAAUUGAAGAGAAGUAUCCUUACAUGGUUGAGUGGUACAACAAAUCACAUUCUUUGCUUAUUGAACAAGGAUUACAGAAGCACAAACUUGCUGAAAUUGUGAGGGAGUCUGAUGUUAUGCUGAAAGAAGGGUAUGAGAAUUUCUUUGAUAAACUCCAUGAACAUAAUAUUCCCGUAUUCAUAUUUUCUGCUGGAAUUGGAGACAUCUUAGAAGAAGUCAUUCAUCAAGCAGGUGUCUACCAUCCCAACGUCAAAGUAGUUUCCAACUUCAUGGAUUUUGAUGAGAAUGGCGUAUUAAAAGGAUUUAAAGGGGAACUGAUUCAUGUUUACAACAAACAUGAUGGCGCCUUGAAAAAUACAGAGUACUUCAAACAAUUAAAGGACAACAGCAACAUCAUACUGCUUGGAGAUUCUCAAGGAGAUUUAACUAUGGCAGAUGGAGUGGCAAAUGUUGAGCAUAUUCUUAAGAUUGGGUAUCUAAACGAUAAGGUUGAAGAAUUGCUGGAGAAAUAUAUGGACUGCUAUGAUAUUGUGUUGGUGAAAGAUGACUCUUUAGAUGUGGCCAACUCAAUCUUACAAAAGAUUCUGUAAAGAGCAUCAUUGGAAUUUGCUUGUUUUCCUCCUGAUGAAGGCAGUUGGACAAAUCAGCAUGCCUGUGCUAUCUUAGAAUAUCAAUCUUGACGCCGUUUUGUAUGGGAGUCACUUUAUUUGUAAAGUAAUAUACUGUACUGUAUCCAUGAUCUUCUGGACGCUCACCCCCCCCAUCACUUUUAAUGGAACCCCUUAUUUAUUCUAAUGGAUAGAUUGUAUGGAUAACUGGAAAAGAGUUCCUUCAGUUCAUAUUCAUGCACAAUAAAGGGAUGUUUUCAGAA